AUGAGCAUCACUAUACAUGUUAAAUGUGGUCAAGAUAACUGGGAAGUUACCAUUGAACCAAGUGAUACUAUUACUCAAUUGAAGAAAACUAUUAAAGAAAUAAGUAGUAUUCCUGAAGAGAGUCAACGUCUGAUAUAUUCUGGUAAAAUAUUAAAGGAUCCAGAAACUGUUGAAUCGUAUAAGAUUCAAGAUGGACAUGCAAUUCAUUUAGUUAAAUCAGGUUUACAUAAGAAAAAUACUAAUACUACUACUGCUGCUGCUGCUGCUGCUGCAAGCAGUAAUAACAACAAUAACACAACUGCAUCUGUACCAUCUAAUAUAGCUACAGGUCAAACAGGUGGAUUUAAUCCGUUAAAUGAUUUGACAUCUGCACGUUAUGCUGGUUAUUUAAAUAUGCCAUCUGCUGAUAUGUUUGGUCCAGAUGGUGGAAUGAAUAAUGUACCAAAUCAAGACGAAAUGAUGAGAAUGAUGGAAAAUCCAAUAGUACAAUCUCAGUUGAAUGAAAUGUUAAGCAAUCCACAAAUGAUUGAUUUUAUGAUUCAAUCAAAUCCACAAUUACAAGCAAUGGGUCCACAAGCAAGACAGAUGUUACAAAGUCCCAUGUUUAGACAAAUGUUAACAAAUCCUGAAAUGAUGAGACAAAGUAUGCAAUUUGCUAAUAUGAUGAAUGGUGGACAAGGUGCAGGGAAUACUGACACUUCAUCCGCAUUCCCUGCACCAGGUGAAACUGGUCAAGACGCGACCACUACUGCAGAUGCUUCUGAAUCUCAAGAUAAUACAAAUAUUCCAGCUACACCUGCUGCAGGUAACCCAUUCUCUGCUUUAUUCAAUCCUGGAAUGAACCCAUUUGCAAGUAUGGGCAACGCACAACAGCAACAACAGACAACGCCUGCGUUUGAUCCAGCUAUGUUAGCCUCUAUGUUUGGAGGUGCAGGUGCUAACUCAGCUGCUACUCCUGCACAACCACAAGAUGACAGGCCUCCUGAAGAACGUUACGAGACACAAUUAAGACAAUUGAAUGAUAUGGGAUUCUUUGAUUUCGAUAAGAAUGUUGCCGCUCUAAGACGCAGUGGUGGAUCCGUUCAAGGUGCAUUAGACGCAUUAUUAAACGGAAGUGUAUGA